UGGCCCCAGCUUCGUUGGCAUUGACAUUUCUAGAAUUCCACCACUCCCCUUCUCCCUCUUCCCCUCCUCUUCUUCCCCCCAAUAAUUUGCCAACACCCUCCCCACUCUCUCUCUCUCUCUCUCUCUCUCUCUCUCUCUCUCUCUCACUCACUUCAUUUCUUAAACUCCUCUGUUUCUCCUCUCUUCUUCUCAGCCAUUAGAGGAAGAAACCUCCAUAGCCGCAUCCAGUCUCCAAUGGAGCUCACAGAGCACCAAGAACCCACCUCCACAUUGCAGAGAAAGAGUGGAAAAUCGCGUCAAAAUCCUGACUUGGCCAUGCCAAAGAACAAGAAGCGGAAGGGGCUCUUGGAGCCGUCAGAGAGGAAAAACAGAGCAGCCAAGUCCAGAAAACAGAGGACCCCGGAGCAGCAGCAGCCCGAGCCCCAUGACUCCCAGCAUCGCGAGGAGACAGAAAGAGAGGACGGUGAAGAGAGUGAUCGGGCCGAGGUCGAGAGGAAGAUAGUGGCGUUGCAGAGGAUCGUCCCGGGCGGCGAGGAGCUCGGGGUCGAUACGCUCUUCGAGGAGACUGCAGAGUAUAUCCUGUCCCUGCAGUGCCAGGUGAAGUCCAUGAGGGCACUGACCAGCUUCUUUGAGGGCUUGGAGAGGAAUAAAAGAAAGCUUGGGUGUUAGUUUGCAAAAAAGAGAUGGCAAUGGGCAUUAGAUUUAUCCUUUUUGCUUAUUUAUUUAUUUUUAUUUUUCAAUGUUGGGAACAAAAAAUUCCCUUUAUGAUGCUUUUGUCCGAUGAAGGAAUAGGAUGAGGGGGUACAUUGAAGCUUUAGGCAAGGGCGAAAUAAUGUAUGGUUUUAGUCAGUGUAAUUUUUUUUUUCCCAAUCUUAGGUUGUAAGGAAGUGAAUAUGUUUACACUCUUAUUCCUUUAUCUAUGUUCUUUUAAUCUUUUGGAGGUUUUUCUUUA